GGUGCUAUUGCUUCUUCCUGCAGUGUAGUAGUUGCACGAAGGGAUAGGAUUGCAUAGCAAAUAAUUCCCCUUCGUUUGGGUUAUAGCAUUGCCCACGGAGGGCCGUUCUGUGACCGCAGCCGUGCAGGCUGCCUUGUGCUGCAUGCUGAACAAUGCUCCUUCAGACUGAUACAGCUUCCUUCCUCCAAAGUUAUUUUGAAAGCUGACAAAGACAUUCUUGUAUUUAAAUGUGUAAAAGUAUGUCAGCUUUCACUCGUGGUGAAAGAUUUGAGGGGUGCAAGGCACUGCUUUUAUUUAGGCAGGACGAUACGUCCGGUAUAAAACCAUAGCACUUAAUGCUUGGCUGAAUGGAGAGCUUUCCUCUGCCUGCUUCUGGCCUAUUGAAAAGAAAAAAAAAAACAUUGUGUGAGGUUUUUGGCAUGCGUUAUUGCCUUUACCAGUGUGCUGUUAAUAGAUAGCCUGGAUUUAUAAAUACCAGGAGCUUUGUCCAGAGUCUCAACAAUCUGGUUUUUAUACAGGAACCGUCAUUAUUGACUCGAAGUUUUUAUGCCACCGUAAUAUUUGUGCAUUCUAAUUCUAUUGGGUGAUAUUGGUAGGAUCACCUGUAGGUGCUGCUUUUCAUCCCUCACGUCAGGGUGUUUGUAGCCCAUGCAGUGUGGUUGUACUGACAGUACUGGAAGCACGCUCUGAAUUGGGGCUGGAGGUGAUGGGUCAUUGUCCUGCUGAUAGAGGUCCUGCUGGUGUUAGCUGGGUCCUUUGAGCAGGCCUGAGAAAGCAGUAUGCUCCAUAAGCAGGUUUUGCCUCUGCACCAAGGAGCUCAUUUGUGCUACGAAGCACACUUGUGAUUCCUCUGCAGGGCUUUGAGUAAACUUCCCUGUAUGGUCACUGGGUGAGAAAUCAGUAGUGACUCCUGGGUCUUAUGGCAGGCUGGGAACCAGAGCUGCUCCGCAUGGUUAGUGUAGUUCUUAGAGUGAGUUACUGUUGUAAAUAUUCAGAAAUCAGAGCAUGUGCUGGAUGAACAGCAGCUUCCUGCUCAGUUACUGCAGCUAGUUGUAACAGUGGUGAAACUCAACAGGCCUGAAAUUCUGCUUUAAAUGAAGAUUGCGUUUCUAGAAAUCGAAACUUGGGGCUGUGCUUAACUUAGGUUGCACAGGUGACCUUGUAAAUCUGUCUGCUGUUGGCAGCACGGCUUCUCAGUGUCCUGCAAGAGGGGCAGGACAUGCAGCACACAGGGAGUGAAGGGUUCUGCUUCUGCACUGGCACAAACUUGCUUGGGGUGGAGAAAAGUUGCAGUCGAUGGCCGUUGCCUUUGCUGCAGAGCUGAAGGGAGGAGCCCGUCUGCUGAUACAGAGCAUGCUGCGUUUCUUCCCUUGUGGAAAGUUAUCUUUCCAGCCAUAAGUUAGAUACUUGGUACUGAAAGUUGCAAGGUGCAUUCAGGGUGUUAGUUCUGCUGUUGGGUCCAGACGGUCCUGUCUUGUGUGAGGAAAAGCAGACAAAUGGUUUUCAGGUCCUGACAAAUGAUCCCAGGUCCGUGGCUGGACUCCAACUUCUUCUCAACAGCUUUUAAUUAUUAACCUCAAUAUUUUUAUACUAUCUUGAGAUUUUAACCUUUGGUUUAUUUUUCUCUCUCUUUAGUUGGAAGAACCAGAGGCCUGUCUGAGGCCUUUCUCCUCUGUCCUACUGUGGAGAUUGGGUAGCCUCUGGUUUCAGCCAUCUCAUCGCUUCCACCUGCCAACCUGUCUGAUAUGUCGGGACCCGUGCCGAGCAGGGCCAGGGUUUACACGGAUGUGAACACACACAGACCCCGGGAGUACUGGGACUACGAGUCACAUGUGGUUGAGUGGGGAAAUCAAGAUGACUACCAGCUAGUUCGAAAAUUAGGCCGAGGCAAAUACAGUGAAGUAUUUGAAGCCAUCAACAUUACAAAUAAUGAAAAAGUAGUUGUUAAAAUUCUCAAGCCUGUUAAAAAGAAGAAAAUCAAGCGUGAAAUCAAGAUCUUAGAAAACUUGCGAGGCGGUCCCAAUAUAAUCACUCUUGCAGAUAUAGUAAAAGACCCUGUGUCUCGGACCCCUGCUUUGGUUUUUGAACAUGUAAACAACACAGACUUUAAGCAAUUAUAUCAGACAUUAACAGAUUAUGAUAUUCGAUUCUACAUGUAUGAGAUUUUGAAGGCUCUAGAUUACUGCCAUAGCAUGGGAAUCAUGCACAGAGAUGUCAAACCUCACAACGUCAUGAUUGAUCAUGAGCACAGAAAGCUUAGACUAAUAGAUUGGGGUUUGGCUGAGUUCUAUCACCCUGGCCAGGAGUACAAUGUCAGAGUGGCUUCCAGAUAUUUCAAAGGACCUGAACUCCUUGUAGAUUAUCAGAUGUAUGAUUACAGUCUGGAUAUGUGGAGCUUGGGUUGCAUGUUGGCUAGUAUGAUAUUCCGAAAGGAGCCAUUUUUCCAUGGCCAUGACAACUAUGAUCAGCUGGUGAGGAUAGCCAAGGUGCUGGGAACAGAAGAUCUGUAUGACUACAUUGACAAAUACAACAUUGAACUGGAUCCACGUUUCAAUGACAUCUUGGGCAGACACUCCCGUAAACGAUGGGAGCGCUUUGUUCACAGCGAGAACCAACAUCUGGUGAGUCCUGAAGCUCUGGAUUUCUUAGACAAGCUGUUGCGAUAUGACCAUCAGUCACGACUCACAGCAAGAGAAGCCAUGGAACACCCCUACUUCUAUCCCAUUGUGAAAGACCAGGCUCGGAUGGGCUCGUCCAACAUGCCGGGUGGCAGCACUCCUGUCAGCAGUGCGAGUAUGAUGUCAGGGAUUUCUUCAGUGCCAACACCUUCACCCCUUGGACCUCUAGCAGGCUCACCUGUCAUUUCUGCCACCACCACCCUGGGGAUGCCCGUUCCAGCUGCUGCAGGCGCUCAGCAGUAGUGAUGGGUUCUGUCUCCUGCUGCCUGAGCUGAGUCAGGUGGGGAAGAGGUUUCCCCCUCCGCCUCUCCUCAGGACGCAGCUCGUGCCUGGCAGGGGAAGGGAGGGGAUGAACGCUUUGGAGGCACCGUGUCUGAACUGUUGCUUGUGGAUUUAUAGUAGUUCAGUCAUUAUAUACAAAAUUAUUAUAGGCUGAUUUUUCUUUUUUUACUUGAACUUUUCGUAACUCAGGGGAUUCCCUGAAAAUACCUACAGAUGGAAAAUUUCUUGGACAGUUUCCCUUCCCCCUUCCUCCCCCCCCCAAAAAAAAGUACUCUUCAUUUAAGAGCAAAGAUGAAUCAACAGCAUUUCCAAACUAUUGCAUCCUGCUGGAAAUCUCUUCUCUUCAUGUUCCCACCAUUACUCCUCCACGAGCACACACCUUGGGAGAUCGUGCUGUUCUCCAGAGACUACCAAACCAAGUCUUCAUGAGGCAGGGGAGGGGGAUUCUCUAAGUACCACUCACUCACUUUAACCCCAUAGCCUGCAUAUGAUUCAGUACACUGAGGAGACAAUUCCAGUAUGGAGAGGCGGUAUAAGCUUAAAAGAAGUGCAGAUAAUGUCUAAAACCCUAUUUUGAUCAAAUCAUGUCUCCUUAGGAGCCGACCAGAAUGCCAACUCACCCCCUUGCAUGUAAUUUUAGUCUUCAAACAUAAAGUGACCGAUCCAACUGAAGUCCUCUCCGCCUCCUGGUAAAGGUGCUGCUUUCGAGCCGUCCUCUGCUCAGCACCUUUCUCAUGGAAGGGGAGGCUUCCUGCCAUUGCUUGGCUUGGAUCUCUGGAAUUAGUUUGUUAUUGGGUAUAUUGUUUUUAAAUUGUUGAUAUAGGUUUCAAGCUGGUGGCAACUUAAAGCUGGAAAAAUCAGACUGCGCCAAGUCAGAUACCACAUCUUCACCCACCAUCCCCUCCCUCACGUGCCAUGUGGUGAGAAUACCAGUUACCUCACAGUCUUGUAAAUAUGCACUGAGAGGAAGGAGCGAGCAGACUUAACUUAAACUGAAAUGGUAGAUCAGUAAUUGUGGACAAAUAUUAUCAUUGACAACAAAGGAAAAGAAAAAAAAGCACCCCUGUUACAGCCCUGCUACCCCUUGCUGUGUAUAUAUACUUUGUCCUUCAUAUGUGAAAGAUCCAGUGUUGGAAUUCUUUGGUGUAAAUAAACAUUUGGUUUUAUUUAUCGAG